GCUCAAGCAGCUGGCCGCGCGCCGCGCGCAGCGGCGCGGUCGCCGCCGCAGUGCUCUACGCGCGGCGGCGCGACGCCCCGCCCCCGAAGCUGCGCAUGCUGCCGCUGCUGCUCGCGCUGCUCGCCCUCGCGGCGCGCGCCGAGGCGCAGGGCCUCAAGGUCGGGGGGGUGCAGGGCCUGGGGGCGCAGCGCAGCUACCAGUCACUGAGCAGCAUGCUCGCGGCGGCGUCCAGCUUCCGCAGCGAGUACAAGCAGGACAAGCAGGGCGCGUGCAGCCAGGACAGCGAGUCGCUGUGCAGCAAAAGGUCGAGCUUCGACGAUCUGGGCGUGCUCCACCUGGCCACGAGCCCGCAGGCCUUCGACGCGCGGACCAAGGAGGUGUGCCCGGCCGGGCCUGGGUGGCGGCCCGCGGCGCACAGCGCAUGGGGGCCCGUAGCCACGCGUAGAAUGCUCGCGGGGGCGGCAACUACAGGCGCGUGGGAUAACGGCGCCAGCCGUAAUACCGGCAGCUGCGUCAAGGCCGGGGCGCGCCCCGAGAAUCAGGGCCCGUCCUCGCCGCUCCAACGCUCCCUGCCCUUGCCCCGCGCCUAG